UGCUCUGGCUGUUAGGGAGAACUAAACAUUUGUUAGUUUAGUUUUACUAAAAAAAAGUUGUUUUAGUUUUAUUAAAAACGUUAUUUUAGUUUGCUUGCUAAUCACACAGUAGAAGGUUUUAUAAUAGUACAGACCAAGAGACAUCCAAGUUUAUGGUCUAUAACGAAAAAACUAAUUGACUGAAGUUCAAAAAGGAAUAAUGAUAAAAUUAAGAAAGCAGCUGGGGGCUAAUUACUGGAUCAGUUUAAGAGGGCAUGGAGAUCCAGGCCAUCCAGCAAAAAGGGUGCUGGAGAAGGAGACAACACAAAAAACAAGUUUUGUGUGGACAGGGGAGCAAAUAGCAAAGGAUAGAGGGGUAUAAUAAAUAGUUAGGUGCAAAUGUGGUGUGACCUGUCAGACCUGGGAAUUAGAAACACCAUGUGAAGAUUUGGAACUAUUUAAGAUUAAACACAAUAAUAAGAAUGCUGAUUUAACUAGUGUAUAUUAUAGCUAUAGGGAAUGUAAGUACAAGGAAAAUAUUAUAAUAUAUAAGGUGGCAAAAGAAGCAGUUACAAAAAGGAGAUGUUGAAGUCAACAUUAAAUUAUCAAAAUCAGAGGGGAAAGGCAUAGUGUGGAGAAGUGUAAAUCAACAAUGGCAACAGAGCUGGGAUAAUGCAAUAAAAGGGAGACAUUUCCACGAAAUCGAAAGCAGAGUAGGUGUAUCAAGAAGCAGGGGAGCAAAGAGGAAACGACCAGGUGAUAAUAAGCAGGCUGAGAAGUGGGCGUAGCAAUCUGAACAGCACACUUUUAAUUACAGGAAAACACCCUACAGGAAUGUGUGAACAAUGUCAGGAGGCUGUCGGGAUUUUUAAUAAACGUCGGUCGUUCAAGAACUGCCCCAUAGUAGUUCACACGGUCGUUCAGAGAGGAAACUGACUGAGGGAAUAAGGUUUUCAGUUUUCCGGGUCGCUUUGGUUGCCGUCUUCCGGACAGAAGCGGACAACAAGUUCAAGAAAUGCUUAAGAGAGGAGAGAUGUUAUCAACCAAGGUACCGCACCUCAUACCCCAAAGGGAAGAGGACCAGCAGCAGGAGGAUCAACGCUACCCUUCACUGACAUCAAGAACAGAAAUUAUGUCAUUAAAAGACAAUUUCAUGAAGCUAAUAACUUGUCGUUAUAAAAAGCAACUUUUUAAGCAAAUAAUGACAUUAUUUUCAAAUGUAAACAAUGAAUUGGUUAUUAGACAUGGAGACAUGGAGUUUUGGAGCAAAACAAUGACCACAAUAAACAUAAAGGGGGACAAACAAUUUGCAUAUGCUGUUGUUGAAAUGAAAAAUGGUACAUCUAACCUUUUUCAUGCAGUUUGUCCAUAUUAUCGAGACAAGAAGAGCAAAAAUUCUGCUUCUCCUUCCACUGAAGUUACAUCACACAGUGAGGAAAUUUUAAUGAGACAAAUUGAUGAAUUUCUACCAAACAAUGGAACAAAUGUUCAGAGUAUUUUAAUUUAUACUCUCAACAGUCCAUGUUUGAAGAGAAAAAAACAUAUUAAGCCAUGUAUGUUUAAACUUUUAGAGAUGGCUGAUCAGUGGCUCAGUAAAUAUGGAUUUUUUACUUAUGUGGCAUUCACAAAGUUUUGGGGACUAAAGGGUCCAAAUUAUUUUGUAGAUCUCAAGUACUCUGACAUCUCAAGUCCCAGCAGCUGUUUUUAUCCCUAUGUAGAAACAUACAAGGAAAUUCCUUUCAAAUUGAACACUGACUAUUUCAAUAAAAACAUUUUUUUGGAAAUCUACCAGACAAUCUCUACUGUUAAGGACACACAACAAAGAAAAAAACUAAAUGGGGAUAUUAAAUCGUGUCUCGAAAAAUUUAAGAAACUGGCAGAAAAUUCAGUUAAUCUGACAAAAGACCAACAUGUGGCCUGUGCAGUGAAAAUUAUUUCAUCACUCGCAUUUCACCCACUGGUCCAUGACACAAUUAUUGAUAUUCUGACAAAGAACUGGAAUGAAAUUGUUAACUAUAGUUCAAUUUUACCUAUUAUUGAACAAAUUACCACAGAUUUUAACACUGCGGUAGUUCAUCUGUUUCUAAAGGACCUUAACUCAACUUUGGGGAACAGGAGCCCUUUACGGCCUUAUCAGGUCCCCAGAGCGGAGUGAGUAUAUGUUGAAUUGAUCAAAUAUUAAAGGUUAAUCACUAUUAUAUAUAUUAUUACAAAA